AUGAACCAGCCACCAUUACCACCAGCUUCUGGUGCUCCUGUAGCUUCUCCAACAACAAACGGCAGUAGCUUCAACGAAUCUACUAGUAAUAACAGCACCCCUCCAUCACCCACGUCGUCUAAAAACAAGCAACAGCAACUACAGUCCUCAGCGCCACCAACACCUCGACGCCACAAUGACCAGGAUCGCUUUGCCUCUGUUCGAUUCGAGGAUAUUGUUGAUGAAAUCUACACUUUGUGCAAAGAUCAGUACGGCUGUCGGUACCUGCAACGCAAGUUAGAGGAACAAAAAGACGAUCAGCGCGAUACAAUCUUCGAGAAAGUGUUUCCAUAUUUCGUGGAGCUCAUGACAGAUCCGUUUGGUAAUUAUCUGUGCCAGAAGUUGAUGGAGAAUUGCACAGACGAGCAGCGCACGUUGAUUGUCGAACAAGUGUCUCACGACAUGGUCAGCAUCUCACUUAAUAUGCAUGGUACACGUGCUGUCCAGAAAAUGAUUGAAUAUAUCACGCUUCCAGAACAGAUCGACCGAGCUGUGGUUGCAUUGGCACCCAACGUUGUAACACUUAUCAAGGAUUUGAAUGGCAACCAUGUCAUCCAGCGGUGCUUGCAUCGCCUGUCAUCGGAUAACAAGCAGUUCAUCUACAAUGCUGUCAGCAUGAACUGCGUUGAAGUUGCCACGCAUCGUCAUGGCUGCUGUGUGCUGCAGCGCUGCAUCGACUAUUCGGUCGAAAACCAAAAAGCACAGCUGGUUACGGAGAUUAUCAAUCACGCAUUGACGCUUGUGCAAGACCCCUUUGGAAACUAUGUGGUCCAAUAUGUAUUAGAUUUGGGUGAUGCUCACUUUUCCGAUCUACUGAUCCGCCGAUUUAUUGGCCAUGUCGGGUCGUUAUCAGUACAAAAAUUUAGCUCGAAUGUCAUGGAAAAGUGUAUUCGUGUGGCUGAAGCCGACACGCGAGUACAUUUGAUCGAUGAAAUGACGAAUCGUGCUCGACUUGAAAAGUUGCUACGUGAUUCAUAUGCCAACUAUGUUGUCCAGACUGCGUUAGAUUACGCUGAGCCCACCCAACGUGCAAAUCUGGUUGAUUGCAUUCGUCCUCUGCUUCCUGGAAUCCGUAACACGCCCUAUGGUAAACGUAUCCAAGGAAAGAUCAAUCGUGAGCAGCAGCGUCAUCAUCAUCAUCAACAGCAACAACAGCAGCAGCAGCAGCAGCAACCACAGCAUCAUCAUCACCAUCAUCACCACCAAACCCAACAAUUCGCAGACGGUGGAUUGCCCAUGGGUUAUCUUGCUCCUUGGAUGGCUGGACCCAGCAGUGAAGCAGGAGGUACUGCUGCUGCUGUCGCUGCCGCUGCAGCCGCAAGCGACUUGGCGUUUUUCUCGCCUUUCCACCAAUCCCCGGCAACUUUUGGAGGAUCUGUUCCUUUUUCCGUUUUCCAUAAUCAUUAACUAUUCUUUUUCCUUUGUGUUUAUCCUAUUACCCAAAAGAAAACACCACUUUCUUUUUGUUUUUGAUUUCUUUCAUGCAUCUUGGUUUCUGUUUUUCCUCUAUCGAUCCCAACUGUAAACUAACAAAUUAUAUAUCAUUUGUGUAGUAAAGUCUUUCGUAAUCUAUUCUUUUUCUG